AUGGUACCAUUGCGCUCUGCGAACUUUGCGAAGUACCUACACGUACAGGCAGGGAACCUGGAACACGCGGCCCGCGGGGAGUUUUCCAGGUUCCUCCUUCUCACAUCUUCCACCUUCAUCUCCAUCUCAAUAACCUGCAAGAACUGCAAGCAGUCAGCACGGCAUCACGAACAACACACCCAGGUGCAGCCCAGGCGGUCUCUCAUAAUGCCGUGUUACCCGCAGUGGUUCACGCCGUGUUACAAACUCAGCUCUGCUCAAGAUGCCCUGAACUCAACUAAAAGAGACGGUCAUUUCAAACGAAAUCAACAUCUCGGCGCUUCAUCUCUAGACGUUCUGCCAGCCGAGAAAGCUCUCGACUCCAAGGUACUUGCAUCCUUCGGCAUUUCGCUCACCUGUGCUCGGCCGGAUUCGGGAAGCCUUGAGAAAACCAGUCCUUCUGAGAUUCUACGAAUCAGAGUCAUUUGUUUGCUGCACUCUGUCAACCAACGAACAUCACUACUCAGCUUUCUACUAUCAUUUCAAUCCCAUGUUGUCACAGCCUUCAUCAGACGAGCUAUACGAUGUGGCUCUCAUAAAGAAACCCCAAGCCCCAAGUCUCCGGCACUUGUAGACAAUGGCUGCCCAUCGCCAACGACUUCCCAAAACCAUGCGGCUGAAGGCCGUCGGUCAGGGGUAGUUCCCAAUGGCUUUAUUCACAGAGACAUAAUAGCAUCAUCCCCUUUACAAAAAGAUACUCACUCCAAAGGCUUCAGAAUACGGGGUUUCCUCCUCAAGGCAAUGUCCUCCGACUCGGGUACAACACCUACAGACAUCAUCACCUAUAUUGGUGUUCCUCUAGCCGUGCUCGGUGUCCUCCCAAUCCUCUACAACACCAUUGCGACACUUGCCGCGCGAUCUCGAAUCAGGCGCAUGCUCCGUCAUGCCCGCCUAACAGCUCUCACUCGCUCCGACGUCGUGAAUCGCGUCAUCGAGGUCGACCUCCCCCGCUACGCCGUCACGCCCUGGGACCGCUUCGAUCACCGCGACGAGUACUGGUCCCUCGCCCGCCACCCUUCCUCCAUCCCGGGCGGCACUUGGACGACCUUCAACUGGCGCACCAACACCAUUGGCCUCAAGACGCAGAGGGUCGAGUACGCAGACCAGCUGCGGCAACCGCAGGUCGAUGUCACUUUUGACGAGCUGAUCAGCUACCUCCUGGAUCUUGGCGCCGUGCCCGAUGCUCACGGAUGGAGGCUGCUCAGAAGCACAGGGCUGUGGACUCCCGUCGGCUGUACCCUGAUGCAGAGUCCCGAUGGACAGCAUAAUGCCCUCACCAUUGCGCCUCUGAACGACUCUGACGGCCAUCUUUCGCUGUCUGUAAAUUGGUCCUCACACUGGACCACGAGGAGCCAUGAGUCUCUGCCCCCGUACUGGGUCCGGCUGGUACCACUCCCUAGUCCAGCAGCCACGGCCAUUGAGCAGGAUCAUGAGAAGGGUGACGACGACGUCAACGCAGAACCAGAAACGAACAGCGGAAGCAUCAAGAAGAAGACGAUAUCCCCGUCAUCCUCCGUCGCCAGCAUAUCCCGCGCCGCAAAAUCCAACGCCCAAAACCCAAUCGCCUGCAAAAUCUCCUCUCACGGCCUCGUAAGCGCCAUCCCAGAAGACGCCGACCACCCCUCGACGAGCCUCUACAUCGAGCACGUCCGCAUCCGACCGGGCCACACGGCCGGUCCAUGGUUCGCCAGCGCCGCCACGGCCUACGGCACCUCGAGCGCGACUAUCCUGUGGAACUACCGCAUCCCGGACGACGUCCUCGCCUUUGCGCGGGGCUCCUCCGUCCCCUGCGGCGUGCUCGAGGUCCUGGGCGUCGUCGACGGAACCCAGACGCCCGAGUGGGCGAGCUCGCACAACGACACGCGGGACAACCUCGAUCUCUUGCACCGGCGGAUGCGUGAUCAGAUGAACGCCAUCGCGGCCGAGCAGCAGAUGGAUCCGGUGCGGAGGGAGCAGGCUGUACGGGAGCGCAUGCGCAAAGAGUCUGAUCAGCACAUGGACGACGUACGAGACAGAAUGCGCCUCGACGCCCGGCGCCGCGAAACCCGCGCCCACGAAGCAAUCCAAUCCCCCAAAUGGGACGCCGCCCUCGUGGCAACACACACCCUCCCCUGGCUCCAGCAACAAGGCCACUUACCAACAGACGACAUCAUCACCCUCCGCUCCGUCGCCGCGGGCCUCUUGCACCGCAUGCUCCUCGACGGCGCCUUCACCUCCGCCCUCUGCGCCGUCCUCGACGCGUGGAAGGCCUGGGCCGACAACGGCGGGAUGCGCAAGUCGGACCUCGAGGCGCUGAGAGAGGGGCCGAAGGCGCUUGAGAUGUUUGCGCUCGCGAGUGUGUUAAUUGCUGUUAUUCGUGACGUCGGCGGUGCGGCGGAGGGGUCGUUUGACCUGACCCGUCGACCUAGACGGGCGCCGUCUGGCUAG